AUGAGCACAAAAAACCUGCUACGGGCCAUAGGCGCUGCGCAACUUACUGAAACUAUUUCACUACUAGCUCAACGGGAUACUUGUUCUGAAGCAGGACUGUUUCUGCUAGAGAUUGCCUCGGAGUUGGGAGAGGAAGAAGCUCUCGAUGAAGCUUGCAAAAUCAUCAAGCAGCACGUCUGCCAACCGUCCCCAGCCGUAACGGAGCGUUUUCUCGAGCUGCUGCCGUUGUACCCUAGGACCUUGCUGCCUUACUCCGCGCAUAUUAUAUCUGGUAGCCAGGAAGACGUCAACAACGCGUUCCUAGUCUACAAGGAACUCGUCGCUUUAGACCGCAGUUUGCUCGUGCCAGUACUGGCUUCAGCCAGCGAGUUGCCUCUGUCAGGAAAACUCCACGCUGGCGUAGUCGAACUUGCGCUGCAGUCCUUAGGCAACGUAGAAGAGAAUGAAAUUCCGUCGCUUAUUCGAGCACUUCUCAAACUGUCAGGUUCCAAGAGCGGUCUUUUUUUCAAGCGUAUCCGCGAGUACCUGAAAGACGCAUCCCCUGAACUUCUUUUUCUCGUCGUGGAAGUGCUGGAUGAUGUUUCACGAAUAGACCGUUACGUUCUGGAGAGGAUCUUCAGUGAUAGUUUUACCGAAGGGCGCGAUGAGAAAAAGUGCCUUGAUGAUCUGGGGCAUCCACGCAAGGCUUCGAAUGCGCGGAAUGGGCAUCGUAAUAGGUUUCGAUAUAGGCCGUCUCCAGACCAAAUCUCGCCAUUUGAUUUCUGUCUUUGGCUGUUUAUGCUUUCUCGAAUUCGGAUGGACAGGAUAGCUGAGAUUGCUAUCUCAGAGAGUCUGAUUGCACGACGCUUGAACGCAAUGUGCUUGCGCGGUAUCUUAGCAACAUACAUGUCGGCAUUUGAAAGAUUUCCGACUGGGGCGCUGCGUUUUCUGCGAAUUCUGUGUUCCCACGAGAAAUCCUGGGAUGUUCUUGAGGUAUGCUUGCCAACAUUUUUUGAUUCUUACGCGUCCAUAAGAUCCGAUAUCGUGAAAGACCUUCUUGGAGUGUGUUUCAGUGGUGCAGUACCUCUUCAAUCUGCGAAGUACCGCAGCUCACGAAAGCAUGGGGGAGCUUUUAGAAUCAAGGCCGCCUCUGCCUUACUUGAGCUAUGUCGAUCGCGUACGCAAACGAUGCUACCAUUCGCCCCACUCAUUCUGGAUCGCGUCUCUUCGUUCUCGCACAUGCUGCAGACAGAGACAAUGCUUGAUAUGUUCGCACUCGUUUUUCAAACGCUGGGGGAAAAGGAUUCGAGGAUUCUUUCAAAUUUAAGCUCGCUGAUACGGAAACAAGCGUUAUGGCAGUGGAAUACUGCUUGCAGCAUGGCUCGACUGUACGUUCGAGCAACUACGCGCGGAUGCGACGAGCAGGAGCGACUUGUCGUUCUCAGGAGUAUUCUGGAAAACGUUCCUAUGGAUGCUCAAGAAGUUUUCGCGGCGAGCCUGCUCGGCCUCAUUGCUGAUUCUGCUGAACAUGGAAUCAAUCCGGAUGGUUUUGCUGCUAUACUAGAGAAAAUCAUCCCAAGCGACAUAUUUCAUGGCUGUCGAAUAUUUCGGACGAAAUCACUCUCGAAGAGCAUGCCUCAUUUCACGCGGCAAGCGCUUCGUGCGUAUAUUGCGUGCACAGAUAGCUCAUGGAGAGACUUUCAGGUGGCUGUACCUCGAAACGUUUUCAAACUCUACGAGGCAUCUAUUUUUGCGGCAUACGAGCAGGAGCCUACAGGCCCCUCUGAGAAUUUCAGCAGUGUCCUCACUGAGCUUGCGACCGACAUAUGCUCUAUGCAAACUGUUGAGGUCUCAAAAGCUGUGGAAUGUGCAAUUCACGGACGGGAAAUUCUGCUAGGUGCAAUGGAACAUUGUCGCAGACCCGUUCCACCUGAGCUUGCUUGGGUCUUUGCUCAUGCGUUAGACCAGCUGGAGAGGGCGAUAGCUGUUGGAAUCUUCAUUUUCCUUGAGCGCGCUCCUGAUUCUAGAAAUGCCAUGACAAGAAUCGAGGCCCUAUAUAGAUCCAUUUCUGAAGAGACAAAUGUCCCUCUGCUAGUUCAGCGGAUCAUUAAGUCUGAUCUCUUGCAUAGCACAGGUCAGAUUUUCUGCCUCCUAGACGAACUCGAAACAGGUAUCACUGAAGAUCUUGGCGGAUUGAAGCACUUUGCAGAUCUGUGGAAUCCCGCCUGGCUGAGCUACCUGUGCGAGAAAACAUGUCUAUGCAUGCGUGAAACGAGUCCGCUGUGUAUGGCGUUGGCGCCGGCACUCCUGCGUCUUUGGCACCUGACUGUCUGGUACUACAUAGGCGCCGGCGGCACAGAGAUCGAACAGAAUCUGGUUUUCGAUGUGCUUGAAUAUUUUGAGACGUUGACACACGGUGCUCGAACAGUCCUGGAGGCUAUCCUGGCCACUAACGUGUUCGAGACCUGUGCAAAGCUGCGUAUCAAGCACUGGAAACAAACUCAUCCAUCGUGCUCCUUUGCAUUGCAAUUGCGGGAGCGCUGUACAAUGCUUCGGAAGUACGCGCUUACCAGAAAGUUCGAUGCAGAACCGAAUGCUAAGAUAGUUCGGAAGUAUUUGAAUUCGCCAUGUGGGGGCAACUCUCGACAUCCUUUUCUUUCGGAGCGCUAUCGCGUUUGGAAAUGGUUAUACAGUCUGCCGGAAAGUUGCCUACCGAAUGAGGUCGGGCAGUUGCUAGAUGUACUUGAAAACUGGAGCUCACCGAGUACGCAUCCUCGUUUCAACUGUGUGACGAAUGCGUCAAUCCCGUGGAUUGCGCUAUGCCUCCCUCGAUUGCUCAUUCGAGAAUCACACGGUCACCUGCGAAAUCAACUUCGAUCCUCCCAUUUUAGCAUUGAGGUUUGCAGGCGGGUAUUCGCGGUGGUACAGAAUGCUCGAUCCGACCGUCAAACCUGUAGGGUGGUCUUCUUCAGUGAGCUUCUCGCAGUCUUGCCUGUACUACGUUCUCGACUGGACCGCCUCAAUCGUGUUCAACCGCCACAGGGGAUGGAGCUCGUCACCGUCCGCGAUGCGAUCGCUUUCGUUUUCGCGAAAGCGCUGAACUUGUGUGAAACUUUAUGUGAAGCAACAAAGAUGUCUAAUUCGUUCACUGAAGUCGGCAGUUUUGACAACUCUGCGAAUAAGCGGCUCAUGAAACUUUCUCCACGAAUAUUGCUUCGAACAGAGGAGCUCCGCGGCGAAAUUAUUUCAUGGUGCAAACUGUAUUCAUAUGAUAUCGAAGGGCUUCUGCACGGCCCAACAUCCUCUACCCGAACGAACAAUGCAUUGGAGCUCAUCUUCGGCGGUGAAGACCGAGACAGUACUGACAUCGUUUCAGACGCAAGCCAAACAGAUUUCUUAGAUUCGGAAGACAGUUUCUCUGACGACAUUGAGGCCUCUGAAAGGUGCGACAUAGAUAGCGUCUAUGAUGAAGGCUCAGACGAGGAUGGAACUCAAGCAAGCGAGCAAUCCGAGCAGGAGUUCUAUGUGCGCGGCGGAUUUGGUUGUCCUGCACUCGAGAAGGAUUCGGCUCAUGCGACAGUCUCAAUACGUUUCAACAAAUCUAUCACCUCGCGAAAUGCCCUCUAG